GAAUUAUGUUUGCAUGCGUGACCGUUUCGUUGUGGUUGCUGCCCCAUGUGUUUUCUAUUUAGUAUUUACAUUCUUGCAGCCGUGGGACAAGUUUAACAAGACACAGAAUUGUACGGAGCACGUGCCUUUACGUACUAUGAGACCGAUACUUGGCUCGCGACAUUAAUUGGAUCAAUUCGGCGACUGAUUUCCUUCGUCGUCGAUACGCCUCGUUUGUGGUUUUCGUAUAGAGAACGUUAGGUUGGUACAAAAGGCAAGACAUGAACGUGCACAAGAUGAUGACGAUAAUCGCGAAAGAUUCCGACUACAGGGACAACGAAGCUAGGGGAACCAUCAGACUUAUAGAUCGUCCGACGUUCAUCCUGAAAACCAGGGAAAGCGAAAGCAGGGCCGUUUCCCCGAGUCAACGUAGCAGUGCCAACAAGAAAGAGACAGAAUCGUCGUCCCAGGCGUCUUCGAAAAUGCCUGAACUGUGUCGUACUAUACUGACACCGUGCGUGGAAAUGACAACCAGCAUCAAAUUCAUGGAUGAAAACAUGCAGCUCUGCGAAACUCCUUUAGAAUACCUGUACGACCAGCAAGACUUCUUGGUGGUAGGGUGUCUCGGAGGUCAGGGUGUUGGAAAGUCGACUAUAAUGUCUCUCUUGACGUCGAGUUACGCGCCGAACGUGUUUCCGGUGCAAGACAUGUCUCACCACGAAAGCGGCGCGAACUGUACCACCGGUAUCGACUUUUUUGUAACAAAGAACCGGGUAAUAUAUCUGGACACUCAACCGAUACUUUCUGGAUCGACGAUAGACUAUUCGACCUCCUACGAUCAGAAGAAACCUACCUCCGAUUUUGCAAAUAUCGAGACCAACUUGGAGCUGCAGUCUUUGCAGUUCGCUGCCUUCUUGUUCUCAGUUUGUCACGUUAUUAUCUUUGUGCAAGACUGGAUCGUCGAUCCGAAUUUAGUUAGGUUUUUACAAACGGCAGAAAUGUUAAAGCCGUCGUCGACGAGUAACAUGGACCAAGACUACGUCGAGUAUUAUCCGCAUAUCCUGUUCUUGCACAACAAGGCCGAGUUACAAGACUUCACGCCAAGUAUCACGGAAAAAGUUAAGGAUUUCUACAGCAAAGUAUUCUCCACGUCGAGAUUACAAACCCACAGCGGUUUGGACAUGAGUCCUCAAUCGAUAGAUGCUAGUUUAAAUCUAUUUUUUAUACCAGAAAUUACAAACGAAGAGACUCCGAUGCGACAGAAUGAAAAGAAGUUGAUCGAACGAUUGAAAACAAAGAUACACGGUGUCAGUAAGAACCCGAUGACGCCGACUACUCUAACCGAGAAAAAUUGGUACCACUACGUCUCAAGAGUGAUGGAAGCGAUUAAGAAGAGCCAUCUCUCAUCCGAGUACGGGAGACUGAUGCCCUAAGCCGCCGCAGUUCAUAGCUGAAGUAUUCAACAGCGGCACUCGUCCCUGACUGUGUGCACUUCGAAUGAUCUCCAGGUGCGAACACAUAGUGAAAUGCGAAAGCGGUACAAGUAUCCGGGUUCAGAAUCGCUCGACCAAAGUGGAUACAAUAGAGAGCAAGCAGCUAAAAGAUGGAUCGAUGGGAAAACAAUGGUUUUUCCUUUGUUAAAAAUAAUAUAUAGUACAUGUCUAAAUAACGUGUACACGUUUCAAUAAAUCAAUAGAAUAAAAUAAAAGUAA